AUGCUUAUUACUUGCCAGACUCUUGCGACCGUUACGCAGUCUGUGAACGAUGCAGAGGGCUUCGAUAACCUGUCCACGAGUCUUGCCGAGCAUGAUCAGCCUAGAAUCAGCGUUCGCGACAGGCUUCGUGUAUGGGAACAGGAGAACCAGGCAUCCGCUCACAGACUUCUAGACGACCUGCCUUUCAACGAAAGACUGGGGAACUUCCUUACGAGGCCACAGACUGUUCGCACGUUCACCGACGAGCACGACACUAGGCAAGCUAAGAACGACCUGUACGAUGGCGAUGUUCUGUCAGACCUCCGAGGCCAGACAUCCGCUCUCCUAGCCGGCGAUCUCGUGGAGACGCGCUUCGGUGGCAGCCGCUUGCCAGUCCUCGCCAUCUGCCUCGGUCGCCACCACGGCCUGCAGUAUUUUUACCUGAACACGGGCGAGGUGCUGGCCUACCAGAGUCUGGUUGCUCUCUUCACUGUCACCAACUAUGUCGACCCUGCCGUUCUACAGCCCAUUGUCGACCUGAUCCCAUCGGAGCCUUUUACCCGACCACGCAACGUUUUGCACCACGUGCGCACUGCGAAUGCUUUGAGAACGGCAGCCGACUUGCAGGGGAGAUUGACAAAGUUCUACGCAGAGGCCGUUCACUUCUACCAAUCUUCUCUGAAAUACAUGGAUGGUGCCAGCGAGCAUGUGGCUGACCCGAACAAGCGCACCUACUUAAGCCUAGAGGAACUCGCUGAUCGGAUGCUGCCCACAUUUCUCCGGGAGGGCAGCACGUUCUCGUCCCAUGUUCUGUAUGCCGUUCACCUUGCUCUGCAGCGUCACGGCUGGGGGUUUCGACCGCUGAACGCAAAGUGGCAUCGAAGGAACUACAUUUACGAGGUGCAGCCCGGCUCAGAUAUUGCCCUGUUGCAAUUGGUCGAGUCAAGGGUGCGCCGCCUUGUCGAUGGGGCGUAUCUACGGGACAACCCCGGACAGUCUGCCUCCCUUUUGAAGCAGAACGAUCUCGGACGGUUCAUCUUACGAGCGCGUGCCAUUGUCACCGCCAACCGGAGGAACAGGCCUUGGACCCCUCAUGGUAUGAUCGGUCCCAGCAGCCAGAUGGCGGAAGAUCUGCCCCAGUGGGAAGAAUCGGAUUUGAAGUACAUACGCUUCAUGGAGCUGUGGGCGUGCAGGAGGGUCAUUCCUCAAGCGUCUCAGAUUGAUAGUCUGGGAUCCUCGAUUCUUCGCCUGACCCAGCUAUACAGCGAAUCGGACUGGGUCGCCCACUGGACAGCCUUUACGUUUCUGCAAGAGAUCGGCUGGAUUCCGCCGUGGGAUAUUCCAGCCCGAUACGAAUACCGUUUCCCAGACACGGAGAUCAGUAGGGGCGGCAGCCUGAGUCGUCCAAGCGUCGACGUCGAGGCGUCAAUGAGGCCAGAUAUCGCUGCGGGCGCCCGCCGAGAUUGGGGCGAGACCAAGAUCUUCUGUGUCGACUCGGAUCAGACUGCAGAUGUCGAUGACGGCUUUUCCAUCGAGGCGACAGAUGUAGCUGGCGAGCACUGGAUUCACAUCCACAUCGCAGAUCCAGCAUCAGUCAUUGACCCAGCGUCACCACUGGCGUCCUAUAUCGAGUCCAUGCCCUCCAGUCUCUACCUUGCUGGCUACCCUGAGAAGAUGUUGCCGCCUGAGCUAGAGCAAAAGUUCUCGCUGAACCCCGGCAAGCCGGUCCUCACCUUUAGCGCCAAGGUGAACGAAGGGGGAGAAGUCCUAGGCUACAAUGUCGAGCCCGGGACUGUUCACAACGUGGUGCAUAUGACGAAACGUGAGGUCACGUCUAUCCUGCCUGGCCUUCAGUCUUUGGAGAGCGGUGGCGAUGCAGCCUUUUCUGUCGGAAAGGACCCCGGCCCUCGACCUCCCGUCAAGAAAAUCACGACGGCUGACGAGCUCACGGCGGAGGAUAGGGAUGACCUCCUCCUUCUCGACCGCCUUGGCGAAGCCCUCAAGGACCGCCGUGCCGCCAAAGGUCAGCUUCCCACGCUGCAGUCUAGGCUCCCUUCUCCAGAGGUGUCCUUCCGGCCCAUCUCUGCCAAGGAGCACGCCACAGACCCCAAUGCAUCCAUGGUCUGGAACGGCGACCCGUUCAUCAAAUUAUCGCACUCGAACUAUAGCCAGGCCGACCGUCUGGUCGAGCGCAUGAUGCACACCGCCGGCGAGGUCGCCGCCAAGUGGUGCCAGUCCCGCGACAUUCCAGCCCCGUACAGUACGCAGCCCGAAGCCCUCCGCAACGCAGGUGAGCUGAAACGCCUUCGCGAGGAGGUCGUCGACCCUCUGACGGCCGCCGGGAAACCCUUGCCCCCGGCCCUCCUACAGCAACUUUUCGGCCUCAUCGGCACCUCAGAGCUGUCCGCUCGACCGGCGCCCUUCUACUCCGUCGGCCUCGACGCCUACACCAAGGCAUCCUCCCCGCUACGCCGAUACACAGACCUCAUCGUGCACUGGCAGAUCCACGCAGCCCUCGUCCACGAGCGCGCGAGCGGCACGGCCCCCGCCGUCGUCGCCUCCACGACCGACGCCGGCGAGCACGUGGACGCCGCCUCUUCAGCCCUGCCUUGGUCCCACGACUCCCUCUCCCGCCUGCUCCCCGCCCUGCAGGCUCGCCAGCGCCAGAUCCGCGAAGUCGACAACCGCGACGGGCCGACGCAGUGGAUCUUCCAGGCCCUCCUCCGCGCGUGGAAGUUUGGCGAGGCACCGCUCCCCGAGCGCUUCGCCUUUGUCGUCGACGCCGUGCUGCCGUUUGGCAUCCGCGGGCGGCUGCGGGACUUUUACGGCAUCGGCGCCGUCGUGCCGCUGGCUAGGCUGGAUGUCGGGACGAAGCUGGCCGAGACGAACGUGGGGGAUGUGCUGACGGUGGAGAUCCGGGAUAUGAAUACGUAUACUACCGAGCUCGAGGUUGAACCUGUCGGGAGAGAGGUCAAGGCUGAAACUGAGGGUGCGGCUGGAGCGUAG